AGACACUUUUCGCCAAAUAACAAACAUUAUAUGCAGCACAUAUAAUGUCAUUUUAUAUCGAGCCAUUUUCUUGACUGUUGGUAAUAGAAGUCAAGGCUAUUUGGGUGGAGCAGGAAUGGCAGAUCACUUAGGAACCUCCAAUCAGAUGAAAGUGGGCGGGCACACUAAUAUUACUUAGAUCGCGUGCACUGUUAAUUUCGGCCUCCUCGCCAUUCAACGGCAACGCCAGGCUUAACAGAACUUUCAGGUUUCUUGGGCAAGUACAAUAGUUCUCUUUUCCCUUUCUUUGUCCGUUUGUUAACCUGCUGAGUGGGAUUUAGAUUCUGCCGUUUAACUUUUGCUAUGGGAAAAGCACGUGUUCUAAUUUUGGGCCAUUCCUUUAUCCGUCGCCUUCACGACGUAAUCGUUCACUCACGGGAUCAUCAGUACACUAAAAAGUUUAGCAUAACGACACCAGACUUCAUUUGCAAAUGGCACGGUGUCGGCGGUCGAACGAUCGCCAAGGUUUUAAAAUAUGAUUUGAGUGUCAUUAAGGAAUUUGGCUCCGAUAUAGUUAUUUUACAGCUAGGGACAAAUGACUUGGUCGAUUCCUCCCCCCUUACUGUGGGUUCUUCUCUUGGACAUCUAGCUACCUUACUACACGACGAGUAUAAGGUGGACCUGAUUUGUGUCUGCCAAACCCUCCGUCGUUCCUCGUCCAACGUUUCAUUUAACAAGAAUGUUGGAUUAUUGAAUAAAUACCUAAAAACGGUACUCGAACCUGUCCCAUACGCAUUCUUUUGGUCUCACAGGGGGUUUUGGCAAACAAAGAGUUCAUUUUUUUGUGUCGUGAUGGCGUUCACUUGAAUGGUGGGGGGCAACAUAAAUUAUAUCGCAGUCUACGAGGGGUAGUACUCAAAUGCUUGCGUUUACUGGAUGAUAUUUAGCUACCAAUUCUUUAUAUAAGCUGGUCGCCAGUUCCGUGAUUCAUUUUCAUGGCUUUUAUUGCUGUGUUGCGUCCGCAGCUGUUUGUACUUCCAUUGGAAGCUUAUCUUACCGAAAUGUACAAUUUGGGCUGUGCCCUUAUCUUGUCGGCUGUCUUUAAUGUCACUAUUACGUUUAUGGGGUGCAUGCUACUUUUCUUAAUUUUAAUAGCAGCGUGUUAUUUUUAUAAAUUUCUGCCUUUGAUUGCUGCCCCCUGAUUGACGCACAUAUUGUUAUUUUUACCAUUAUAGCAGGACUUUUCCAUUAAGUGUACAACCCUCUUCCGGCCGCUUAUCGCGCGCCCAAUGCACUUGGUUAAUGUUCUUGCUCUGUUUUGUGUUUAAUCCGGAACUUGGUCUUCGACCUGCUUAAAACAUAUUUGGUUUGGAUUCUGGACUUAUGUGUCCUUGCAUUGUUCCGCGCAUUCGCAUUUUAGUUUUGCUCUCUCGUUUCUCUCCGGGACAUUCUCGACCCCUCCUUUAUUGAUUUUCGCAUCCUAAUUGAAUAUAUAUUACACUUUCUGCAAAGCUAUGUCCUCUCGUAAACGCCCGACUAGCAACGCCACACGUGGUCGUCCUAAGCGUGCCCGACCGAUUCCGCCGACAUCGACAGCAACAACUGGCCCGCCUAGCACAAGCGUCAAUAUGGAGGCUCUGACGGCCUCUAUCACAACCGCGGUAACCAGUGCAGUACAGGCCGCCAUGCAGACGCAGAAGCCGCCCACAAAUGAGACCACAGCCAGCGCUAGCGAAAGCACUGCCGUGUCGGUAGAAGCGGCGGUCUCCGACCAGUUGGCAUUGAUAACAUCCCCUACAGCAGGUACAACAAAGCCCGACUCCUCUGGGGCGUUUUCUACCUUAGAAAAUUCAGGACAAAUAGGUUUUUCAAGCCUCGCCCUCGAGCUGGGAGAAGGCGUUACCGAAAAGAUUAAGGCCAAAGUUUGGGCUAAUGAGUACUUGGACUUCGGUCUUCUACUAUCAGUAGCCCCAAGUCCUGACCGCUACUCCAUCUCGAUCAAUACUUCUACACCCAGCUUGGGGGCUCAGCUUACCCUUGAACCCUCUAAGCCUCCGAAAAAGAUCACAAAUAUUAAUCAAUGGAUCUCUGCAUUUAAUGCUUUCGUCGCAAUAUACGUAGUCAGAUUUCCUCACGAGGCACCUAAACUAAUGAAAUAUUGUGAAAUCGUCAGAGAUAUAGCCGCCAAAUUCGGUGAUUGGGUAUUUUAAGACGAGCAGUUUCGCCUUCUCCGGCAAACUGCUCCUAACAAGUAUCCUUGGGAUGCAGUACACUGGGAGCUCUGGCUAAAGGUGACAUUUCGUGGACGACAAACGUCCUCAAUCGGUGACAGGCCCCAAGGCACUCGACCACGAUCCCACCAGUCGCCAUUUCCAAAAGGAACAUGUUGGGCUUUUCAGUCGGGCCGAUUCUGCGGAGGGGGAUGCAAAUUCGACCAUAAAUGCU